AUGCGCAAUAUCACCAUCGACGAUUAUGGGAAUCGAACUGCGAUUGCGUUUUCUCCACCGAUGUGUAAUGGUACGGGAUGGGCUAUUAACAAGGGACGGGGUUAUGCUGGCUCGUACACCUCUUGCUCGAGUGCGGUUCGGCCAAGGGCGACCUUCAAUUUCACUGGUGUUGCGAUAUACUAUUUAUCGCCAAACUUCAACAGAAACUUCAUUCAGGUUGAGCUGGAUGGCGUGCCCUCUGGAGAUGUCAAUCUGACGAGGUGGGAUCGUUACACGGACUCGCCUGACCCGCAGGUCUUUUGGUACAAAACGGACUUGGAAAACAAGGAGCACUUUUUGGAGCUAUCUCCAGGCACUUACAACUCCACCGUCUUUGUCGAUGCUUUCACAUACACGGUGCUCGACGAUGCAGAUGUUGUUCCCCCAGUAACAUCCGUAUCAUCUAGACUGGCAGCGCCUACCACGCAACAAGCAGUUGUCUCAACUUCCUCUGCGCAAGAUCGCAUCUCCAUCGGCCUUGGAGUGCCCUUCGGGGUCAUAAUUCUCACCAUAUUCCUCGCGAUCGCAUGGAUGUUGAGAAAGAAAAUGCGUUCCCGUUCGGCCCGGUACAGCUGGAAAGCACCAGUCCCUCCACUGCCCAUAGACCCGCCAACGUCAUUCGAACCCGGUUUCACACAAUCGAGUAAGCAAAGCACCUACAGCCCUAGGAUGGGCGAAACCCUUUCGCCCGCCAUUCGCCCUCUCCCACCUAUUCCUGGUAGCGUCACUUCGCAUUAUGAUUACGAUGAGGAGGCGCGUAUGUAUGGUUCACCUUCGCCAGGGCCCUUCGUCCAGCAAUCGUACCCGCGCGAUCGUAACGUCUCACCGGAUAUAUCACGCAACAACACGUUUUUAUCGACCAGCACAAGGUUGGAACCGAAUCGUAAGAAGGUGGCCUCGCCGCCUCUACAUUAUUCUGGGAGCAAAUCAGACCAUCACCAUUACUCAUCAUGA